UAUUUCUCCCCCUUUCUCUGUCACAUGCUGCUGGUCACAUGGUUUGCCAGUCACAUGUACAAUGCAGGAAGUGUUUGCUGUGUGAAGUGGUUGCAGGACUUGAUCGCAGUUGUGAGGAGGAAGAUUCUGUCCAGCGGAGUAACGGACGCCAUCUUCGGUAAUCUUCGGGUCUUCUUCCGGCGAUUCUGCACUUUCUGCUACUUUCUCGCGAGGCAGAAACUCCAACUGCGCAUGCGGUGAUACGGCACUUAGUUCACGAAGAUUACCAAAGACAGAUGGCUGCCGUGAACUCCGAUGCCCUGAAUCUGCACCGAGGGUUUCUUCAGAUGUAGACUGAAACAUUACAACAUUUUUUAGCUGAAAAGAAGAUGAGUGAAUGAUAAUGAGCUACGAGGGACCAUCCCCAUCGAUUAUCCUCUAGUGGGCCACAUUGUUUUGCAAUACCUGUGACGCUAAGCACUGCAUUAAAAAUGAAAUGUGUACUUAUUGCCUCCGAAGGAGCUGAAGUCCUGUUCUACUGGGCAGAUGAAGAGUUUGAGAAGAACCUGCAGAGUAAAUAUGAUUAUACUGAGGAGCAGCAGGCACCAAACUUAGGCGAUAGCAUCAAUACACUUUUUGCUCCUCUUAUCAUCUCUUGUGUUACAAUAAUAGAGAAGAUCAAUGAUACCUAUACAUGUUUCACCACUGAAAAAGGUCACCUCUGCGUCCUUCACAUGUUUGGAGAAUGCCUGUACAUUGCUGUAAAUGGCGAUGAAACGGAAAACGAGGAUGACCUGCGCAGGAAACUGUAUGUCCUAAAGAGACUCUGCGAGGUGCAUUUUGGCCUGGUCACGUUUGACAGUCAUUUAAUUAAGAAGGAACUGCGCCCUGCAGAUUCUGAUCAGCGCAAUCUCGUAUGGAAGACAUUUCAGAGCUUGCUUCUAACAUACAACCGACUGCGAAAUGAGGACCAGAGCUUUGCUGUUGAGGCUGUGGAGCGGCUAAUUCACCCAAAGCUCUGUGAGCAGUGCAUCGAGUUCUUGGAGAAACAGAUUGUCAAUUUCAUUAACAGCAGCAGUGAGCGGGGGGGAGAGGAGGUCCUGCAUGCUUUUAUACUGGUCAACACCAAACUUCUGGCUCUUUUCUCUAGUCGAAAUUCCAGUUCUUUGAGACCUGCAGAUCUCCUCUCCUUAAUUCUCAUAGUCCAGGAUUUGUAUCCCAGUUUCAGUACUCAAGACCAAAAUGUGGAGGAAAAUGAAGACAAUGCACCUUUAGAUGAGUAUUACACCCCAGACCCAUCACCCAAUAACAGGAGCUUAAGUGCUGGAAGCUGGGUGGAUGACGAUUCCCCUGCAUUUGGUUUUGUUGAUCCUGAAAUCCAGAUUGCUGAAGACAGUUUGAAAACCCUUGUGGGGGACAUCCCUGAAUCUACUAACACAAGAAGAGUUUUUUUGGAUUCAGCUCUAAAAGAAGGCUAUUGUCCCAUGUUGCCACAUUCCAUGUACUGCCUACCACUUUGGCCAGGAAUAUCCCUGGUCCUGCUGACUAAGUUGUCCGGUAGCACCAUUGCCCUCUCGCUGUAUCAGCUCCUAGAUGGGUUCAGCAUGCUGGAGAAGAAGCUUACAGAGGGAGGAGAUAUCCACCAGAUUUUACGGUCUCACCCCAUUGUGGCUGACUUGAAACAAAGAACAGACAGAUUUUUGAAGAGUCUUGGUGGUCGUGACUCACAGUUACAGAAUUGCUGGCUGGAAUUCAAGAACAAAGCAUUCUCAAGGCAUGAGACUGGGACUUCACCAGAGCUCCUCAAUGCAUGUAGGAACAUGAACCGGCAGCUUUGCUCUGUGUAUCGGCAGCUCUUUCUAGUGUCUCUGAUGAGUGGAACACAUUCCCUCUCCUUAAAUAUGCAGUCCAAGGUCCGGAAACUGGUCCAGGGGAAGUUGGCAGACUGGCAGGAGUUUCUGCUGGUGAAGAGUAAAAGAAACACUACGAUGGUUAAUUACUUGGAAGAUUUCCCAGGCUUGAUACAUUUCAUCUAUGUGGAUCGGACCGUAGGCCAAAUGGUGGCUCCUUCUAUAAAUAUUGAUGGUAAAACUUCUUCCGAGCUGGGAACUGGAUUGUUGGCCAAUUUUAUUAAAAAUAAGGUUUGGUCCUUCAUUGGUUUGUGUCGGCGAUACCUUCAGAAAGGAUACACAACUUUAACUCUGCGAGACGGGGACUAUUAUUGCUGCUACUUCCUCUGGUUUGAGAACGAAGCAGGUGAUAAACUGGAAGUCAUUGAGGUUCCUGUCUUAGGAGAUGAUUCUGCUCCUAUAGGAAUGCUAGCAGGCGAAUAUUACAGGAAACUGCUUCGGUACUACAGCAAAAACCACCAGACGGAGCUGGUUAAAUGCUAUGAACUGCUCACCCUGCACUUGGGCAUCAUCCCUUCCGAGUUUGUGAUCCAGCAGUGCCAUGAUCUUGCCCGCAAGCUAUGGGAGCCAUCACGGAUCCCUCUUCUAUAGAGGAACAAGAGAAGCCGUCUGUAUUGUAGUCCUGAACAUAUACAAAGUACAGGCACUGGAUCAGUGUCGCCUUAUAGUGCCUACAUACAUAGUAUUUGUCAAAUGAAGAGAGUUAGGUUUCAGUUGUAGUAUUAAGUAUAAUCAGGUGACCAAUGUUAUUAAAUAUGGAAUUGCACUGAACUGUACUGUAGCCAAGUAUUCACAUAGUUGCUUUGUGGCACAGUAUAGAUAUCUGGAAGUUCCUUAUCUUAUCUGAUACCCCAGGCCAGUGCUUCUUUUAGCAAAAAAACAGCACUAGCUUGUGAGCACCACUGCUUCUUCAGUACCCGGGACAGAAGAAUGCACAGUAGAGUAAAAAAGUCUGUGUUUUUUUGUUUUUUUUACGUUUUUGCUCUAUGGGGCAUGUGUACCCCCUGAAAAAGAAAUAAGAAGCAGGAAGGAGAUUGCUUUGUGGUGCUCACUGAGAAUGGGUAAGUGAUUACAGUCAAAGGAGGGGGAGCACAUUUGGCACCAGCCAAUAGUUUACACUUUCCUUUUCCUUUAAUUUCCUUUAAAAUUUAAAACAUUGGACCAGUGCAGUUGUUAGUAUGAACAAGUCUCACAAAGCAACAGUGUUUUUGUCACUGGGGUCAGUGACCCAUGAAAACCAGAUAUAAUUUUAACUUGUACCUUGAAAUUGGCUGAACUGGGAAGCAAAAACUAUAAAAUACUGGAUAGUUCUUUAAAGGUGAACAAUGCCUUUAAUGGAUUUGUUAUCUGGUACUCCAAUAUGGCACGUUAGGUGUCUGGUUUCAAUUGUUAGAUUUUUCAUUUUCCUUCCCCUUGCCAUUAUGUGCCUGGUUUCUUAUGUAAGCUGUAAGAGAGGGAUGAAUGUAAAACUUUCAGACCUCCUUUAAUAUAUCAUCCUCGGAACUAACACCCAAGCUGUAUUUUUGUAACCUGCAAAAAUUGUGUAGAUAGAAAGAAAUUUAUAUAGAAAAUAUUCAUUUUGUACAACAAAUUCUACAAGUUUUGUCCGAUACUAUAAAAUGACAAGUUUAUACAUCA